CAGGCUGCAGCUUGCUGCCUGCACAGUUGUUAUCUAACAGCGGGCGAGACGUUAAAGGGUCAUGCCACUCGAUGUCGUGCUGGACGGUCCGGCCCCCUGGGGGUUUCGCCUGGCAGGAGGAAAGGACUUCAACCAGCCCCUGACCAUCUCCAGGAUCACUCCUGGCAGUAAGGCCUCCGUCGCCAACCUGUGUCCCGGUGACCUCAUCCUGGCCAUCGAGGGGGUCCCGGCCACGGACAUGCUGCACAGUGAAGCCCAGAACAAGAUAAAAGAGUCCACCAAUCAGCUCUGUCUCACUGUUGAAAGGAAUGAGUCCAGACUGUGGUCACCGCAUGUCGUGGAUGGAGGAAGAGCUCAUCCAUAUAAAAUCAACCUGGAGGCAGAGCAGCAGGAGUAUAAACCUAUUGGCACGACUCACAACCGGAAAGCUCAGCCGUUUGUGGCGGCGGCGAACAUCGAUGACAAGCGUCAGGUGGUCAGCGCAUCCUACAACACUCCUAUAGGCCUCUACUCCUCAGGCAACAUCCAGGACGCCAUGGAGGGCCAGAUCCGAGGCCUGGUUCACCAAAAGCCCGCGAGCCCCAGGACCCUGACCAGCAUUGAGGAUUCUGCCGUGUACCAGAUGCUACAGAAAGACCAGGAGGAUCCCCAGGAGCCGCGACAGUCUGGCUCGUUUAAGGCUCUGCAGGAGUUUAUUGACAGCGACGGCGCUCGUCCCAUUGUGACCAGGACAGUGAAAGCCCCCACGACCAAACCGACUCCGCCCACAGGAAACCUGCAGAAGCUGCCCGUCUGCGACAAGUGUGGGAACGGCAUCGUCGGGACCGUGGUGAAAGCACGAGACAAAUUUCGUCACCCCGGUUGCUUUGUGUGCUCCGACUGUGACGUCAACCUCAAACAGAAGGGCUACUUCUUCGUGGAGGGGCAGCUGUACUGUGAGACUCACGCUCGUGCUAGAAUGAGACCGCCGGAGGGGCACGACCUCAUCACGACUUUUCCCUCUGCGUAGACCCCCCCCCCCCCCCCCCCCCCCCGAGCACAGACACAAACACUGUUUGGCCGACACUCCUUCAUCGCUCAUCUGCACUUUGAUGUGUCGUCUGUGUGCAACAGUAAUUGGAUAAGAAAACACUUUCCUCUCUGAAUGUAACAGUAUGAUGUUUUGGCCUGUAGGGACAUUUUGCAGGUGAUAACUGAACAGCCUGUGAUUAAAAAACACAUUGAGAGUUGCCACUUUCAUCCUGCCAGUUUCUCACUCUUUGAUUCUUUCCCAAUAAAGGCCUCUGUUCAUACU